AUGCUCCAGCUCCCCCGCCUUCGCGAGGGCGGCCCGUGCUUCUGGGACGAUUCUCUCUGCACCAGGUGCCCCAAUGUCCGCAUCACACACACCCAGGACAGACCCUCCCCGGGGCCAGGGCUCGGGUACGCAGCGAUGCUUCCGUGGGGCCGGGCCUCCAUCCCGGCCCUGCAGCUGUCCCUGCAGUGGCCCUGCCUCAGGCUGUCCAUCCGGUAUGGGGUGCGGGUGGGCCUUCCCACACACCUCUCCCGCUACCACCGGCUGGGCUGUCGGGACCCCCGCCGUUCUGCCCGUGGACGCGGUACACGGCCUCCCCGAGGGCCCCACGCAGGACCGCUGGCCACAGGGCCCAGGAGGUGGACAGUGGACUUGGCCCGUUAG